UCCAAUUUCUUGCGCCUUGGACCCUGCAAAUUGCACCGGAUCGCAUAACGAAUCCCGAGUCAAAUUUCCCCCCGCCGCUCGGUGUAUUUAGAAGAAACGUCUACUUGUGAGCCAUGGCAGAUGCAGCGAAGCCCAAGAGGCGCCUACCCUUCAAGCCCACCGCUUUGCGACAAAAGUCCGACCCGAAGCCCGCAACACAGAAGAACACCGACGAAGACGAAGACGAUGACGAUGGUCUCAGCCUCUUCAAGCGCUCCGCCGAAUUCUUCCCCGUCGCAGUUGCCGAACAGGAGCGGCGUAUGAAGCGGAAGCAGGCGGAACGAGAGAAGAGCACACAAGCGCGCUCGCCAGAGCGCGAGACGGAGCCUGUGCCGAGAGCCAGCCAAGAGCCUGGCAAGGACAACGUUAAAGAGGACACAGGGGAACCCGGCACGCCGCCAUCAAAACGCUCGCGAACCAGCGACGAAUCCCCGCAAUCGAGAACGAAGCAGUCGCCGUACAAGCGCCGCGAAGGCACAGAGACACCCUCGAAGCGCUUGACCCGCGCCGCCGCGUCGCGGACGCCUCGGAAACAGGAGGUGAUACCCCACAAGCCCGUCAUUGCGAUCGAAGAUAGCGACGAAGAACUCGAUGACGCCGACGAUGUGGCCAGCGACGAUAUCUACGAAGCAUCACCCGUCCGCAAGACACAACACCGGAGACAAACCUCAGAGCCCGAGGUGUCGCCUCUCGUGAUUGAUUCGGACGACCCUUUUGUAGAAGGAAUGGACGAGAACAAAAAGUCGCCCGUCGCAGCGGUAGCGGAAGAAAAGGAAGAUGACGAGUUUGAGGAAUACGUCCGACGCGCCAUGGAGCGUAAAAAGGCUCUCGAGCAGGAUGAGAACCAGCUCGUCAACGUUUUCGUCACCUCUGAUAUACCAGGCACCAGGGACCGGCAAUUCCGCUUCACGCUUGUCAAGCCGCUCAAGGUGAUUCGUAUGAAGUGGAUUGAAGUCCAGCUGGAACGUAUUGAGAUUCCUCGCUCGGAAGUGGAAAACGUGUUCCUCACAUGGCGUGGUCAUGAGCUGUAUGAUACGACGACGCUGCAUAGUCUCGACCUGGAGGCUACGUUCCGCAAGAACGGCGGCGGCGGUGGUGGUGGCGACGGUGGAGGGGAUCUAUCCGAGGGCUUCAAAGACGACGACUGGACAAACGUACAUUUGCAGAUGUGGACACGCGAGUUGUGGGAAGAGCACGAGAAGCAAGAGGCGCGGCGGAGGAGACACGAGCUCGGAGACUACUCUGACGACGAAGAUGGGGAUCAGGGCGACGGUGCGGAUGCCGUCGAGCCAGAGGUGGAGCAGAAGAUUAAGGUCCUCCUCAAGACCAAAACGGACGAGCCGCUCAAGACUUCUGUGAGGCCGUCGACCACGAUCGGAACGCUUAUGGAGCUGUUUCGGAAAAUGCGCGGGUUGGCUGCGGAUGCGCCCAUCACGCUCAUGUUUGACGGCGACGAGCUCGAAGAGGAUAUGACGGUUGAGGAGGCUGAUAUUGGUGACAUGGAGACGAUUGAGGUCUACAUAAGAUGAGGCCUCCUGGUUCACAUGUCGGCCGAGAUCAGAUGAGGAUGUCAGCCUCAGCCUCUGAAAACGAAAGUGUCACGGCCCGAAAUGGCAGUGGCUCGAGUCUCGAUAUCUAGGCAGAAGGGGGCAAGACGAGGCCCUUGAGGAGGGAUGUAAUUCAAGAUACCCGGGGAGUUUUUAGCGUUUUUUUCUCAUGGGAGGUAGCUUCAGCAUGGAAAGUUGAGAAGGCUUUUUGGACCUCUUGAUGUUGAGAUUCAUUGUGUUGGAAUGAGACCGAGCUGUCCCUAUUUUGACCCGCCUGCCCCUUGAC